AUGGCCCCAAGUCUAUAUCUCAACGGGGCCUUGGCUGUGUUUUGUGUGACUCUAACCUGCAAUGGAUUUAAUAUAGACUCACGGUUUCCAGUUAUCAAAGAAGGGAAAACCAAGGGCAGUUUCUUUGGAUUUGCUGUUGCCCUGCACAAACAGACGGAAGGGUCCACGAAAUACCUUCUCCUGUCAGGAGCACCCAAGGAGAAAGCCCUGGCUCUGAGGAACGUCAAUGAGACGGGCGCCAUCUACUCCUGUCCUGUCACCACAGAGCUUAACGACUGUGAAAGGAUGGACUUGGUCAGCUCCACGGACUCGUCUGAGAUGGUGGAGGGGAUGUGGCUGGGAGUGACUGUGGCCAGCCAGAGAGACCUGCCAGGGGGUCGAGUGCUGGCUUGCGGGCACCGCUACGUGAAGGUGGUGCAGGGGGGCGCGGAGGAGCAGCGGCGGAUGGUGGGGAAGUGCUACGUCAGGGGCAAUGACCUGACCUUCGACCCCAACGACGAGUGGCAGGCCUACAGCUACGAGGUGUGCAACCCCAACUUCGACAUGGAGCUGGAGGGCUUGUGCAACAUGGGCAUCUCGGGGGGCAUGACCGACACGGACGUCUACAUCGGCUCUGUGGGCAGCUACGUGUGGCAAGGCAACGUUCAUGUAACGUGGAGAGACCCUGAUCCAGGAAACUCGUGGGACUCAAGUGACAAAGACUUUGGGCAACUGAACAGACGAUACAGCUACAUGGGUUACUCUGUCAAUGAGGACAAGAAGCUGCUGAGUCAAGACUACUUCACGGUAGUGACGGGGUCUCCCAGAGAUGAAUCCAAGGGCUCAGUGAUGCUGGCUAAGAAGGGCAACACAGCGCUGGUGACCGAGUUCAUCAUCCCAGGAGAACAAGUGGGCUCGUACUUUGGGAACAGCCUAGCUGUCGCCGACCUCAACAAUGACAACUGGAAUGACCUGAUCAUAGGUGCCCCUUUCUACUUUGACCGUCAGAAGGAGGAGGGAGGAGCGGUGUACGUCUUCAUGAAUGAGAACGGCUCUUUCCAGAAGACACCUAGCAUGGUACUGAAGGGUCCUACGGCAUCUGGUUUUGGAUUCGCCGUGGCAGCCAUUGGCGACGUCAACCAAGAUGGAUUCCAAGACUUUGCAGUAGGAGCCCCAUUCCAUGAGACUGGGAAUGUCUACAUCUGGAUGGGAAGCAAGAAGGGAAUCUCUGAGGAGCCUAGUCAGGUUAUUGAGGGGAAGUCAGUGGGUAGUGGUGGGUUCCAGACCUUUGGCUAUUCCAUCAGUGGAGGUAUGGACAUGGAUGAGAACAGUUACCCUGACCUCCUGGUUGGUUCUCUGGAUGACCGCAUCGCUCUGCUCAGGGCUCGUCCAGUUAUCCAUCUCUCUAAGAACUUCACCGUGCUGCCAAAGAUUGUGGACCCUAACCUUUGUCCCCGUGGAAACAAAUCCUGUGUGACUGUGACAGUGUGUUUCUCCUACACACUCAGCAAUGGAAACAAAGAUUUCAAGAAAAACAUCAUGGUGAAGUACACAGUGGAAGCCGACAUGCAUCGCCGGAGCCCGCGAGUUCUCUUCCUUGUCAAUAAGCUUGCCACCUACACAGGCCUCCUUACCAUGCCAUCUCCCAAGACCGAGUGUCAGGUGCUGGAGCUCAGACUAGAGGAUCCUGUGAGGGACAAACUGGAGCCGGUGGUUUUCUCCCUCAACGUGUCCCUGGAUGAGCAGAAACCCAAAGUUAGAAAGGCCCUGCAGAACCUGGACUCCUACCCUGUACUGAGCCACAAACAGAAAGUGACUGAGAGGAAAGAGAUCAACUUCCAGAAGGAGUGUGGCUCAGACAACAGGUGCACCAGUAACCUGCAGCUAACAGCUACGUUUGCUAACGAGUUACUGAAGCCUUACCCCAGUCAGGGGAACCGCCAAUUGCUGCAGUACAGCAAUAACGUGAAAAAGGUGGUGCUACUUGUGGAGAUAACUAACGUGCCAGGUCCUGGGAAGGUAGCUGAGGACGCCCACCAGGCCAUGCUCAACAUCUCCACCCCCUCCACGCUCCGUUACUCUGGCGUGCGCUCCCAUGAUACUGGUGUAGAAUGCCGUGCUGGAGAGAAUGUUAUGUGUGAGCUGGGGAAUCCACUGAGGAGCAAUGAGAAGGUCUCUCUGCAGCUCAUCUUUGAAACAACCGGGAUCAACCUCCAAACCAGGGAGAUUGAGUCUCAGUUGCUGUUGUCCACGUUGAGUGAGCAGAAUGACCUGUACCCUGUGUCUGUGGUCCUGUUGAUAGAGACCUCCAUCCAGACCUCCUUCUCCAUAGACAAUCCCCUGGUCCAGACCUACUUCAGCGGGGAGGUGAUGGGAGAAUCAGCUAUGAACACCACCAGUGACGUGGGCAGUCUUGUGGAAUACACCUUCAAGGUGUCAGUAGAAGGAGAGCCUCUGGGGGCGCUGGGGACCCUGGCCGUAGAGUUUGAGUGGCCCUUCGAGGUGACCAGUGGGAAGUGGCUUCUCUACCUGACUGAGAUCGUCACCAAGGGGACAACUGAGACCCACUGUGUCCCUCCAGGGGACAUCGUCAAUCUUCUCAACCUCACAUUGUCCAAGAACAGGAGCAAACGUCCCAAGCGAGCGGUGGAGGGCGAACACCCUCGCAUCAUCGAGCCGCAGGCGGUCCUUACCGUGCUGACUCCUCGUAAAGAGACCUACCUACUGGAUUGUUCGAAGUGGACGGCCCGCUGUGUGACGUUCACCUGUCCCUUGAUCAACAUGUCUACCUCUGCCAAGAUCAUUGUGAGGUCACGGGUGUGGAACAGCACUAUGCUAGAGGACUAUAAAAAUGCUUUGAGGAUUAAGGUUAGAGGUCAGGCCACACUGAAACUUGUGACGGACAACCCCACCAUCAAGAUGGAAAAUGAGACCAGAGAGUUCAUAGUGGACAUUGACCCAGUCCUUGGGGUGGAAACACCUUAUGAGGUUCCCCUGUGGAUCAUCAUCGUUGCCGUGGUAGCAGGAAUCCUGCUGUUAGGAGUCAUCAGCAUCAUACUAUGGAAGCUUGGCUUCUUCAAGCGGGCCAUCUACUACCGGAUUAUGCCAAAGUACCAUGGAGUGAAAAUCCGUAAGGAAGAACGCUACCAGUUUAACAUGGGCUUCCAGCCAGAGGAUCCAGACAAGAAGUACUGGAUCACCAACUGGACAGAGAUGCAACGUUACUACUACUGAAACCCUGACCUAUGACCCUGAACUCUGAACUCUUGACCUCUGCCCGUGUUCAGGAGCAUUGUGACGGAAGGACACAAGGGUUUUUGGGAUGUCACACAACUUGGAGGGCACAGCACACAGACCAAUUGUGAAUACUGACCACAUUGAUUCUGGAACCUUUCUCCACUGUGUAUAAGUCUCUGUAGAUUUCAUCAAAAUAUUUUUUUGUUCUUUUUUUGUGCAAUAUGCCAAAUAUUCUGUUUCAGAAAUUGCAAUGUUUAAAGUAUUUUGAUGAAAUCAGUGUUGUACAUUGAAAGAGUGUUUAAAAAUCCCAGUUUGGUUGUAAAUUUCAUUUAUUUUCCUACCACUGCAUAUUUAAGUACUGAAGAAAAAAAAAAACUUUGCAUGUAUAUUUUUCGUCCAUACGAUCUAUCUGCAAGUUCCUGAGCAAAGUCGUUUUUUUGUCGUCACUGUUUCUUUUUUUUAAUCAGGUGAAUGAGUCUGUAGAGAGUCUGUAAAAAUUCUUAGUGAAUGUACUGUUCCUUUCAUGUCUCUUUGUUUUAGAAUGUCACUGAUUGUCAGUGGUUUAGCGAUGACAUCACUACAACAGUAGUUUGGGAGAUUAUUUUGAACUGUGCAGAGCUUUAUUAAUCAUCAGGAUGACUUUGUUAUGACAGAACAAUAACAGUGCCUUAAAAGAGAUGGAUUCAGUGAUGACACUUUACAGUGCCUUCAGGAAGUAUUCAUACCCCUUGACUGAUUCCAAAUGUUGUU